UAGCUAAAGCUGGAGUCCGGUAACUGAGUGAUUUCUAGAAGCAGUUAAAUCUAGCAUACCGGAACUAUCCAACGUUGCUAUCGAUACUGUUCUUUAAGAUCUCAAGAACUUGUUCCAGCAUUUGAUAUUCCUUCCCAAAGUCCUAGAAGUCUUUGUUUCUAACUUGGAUUUUUCUUAUUCCAAUUGAGGGCUAUUUCUUUAGUCCUUAGUCUUUCAUUAUAAUUUAAAAUCAUAAUUUAGAUCUGAAAGGGCCUUUAAAGAACAUGUUGUAAUUUUAUCCUUUUUCAGGUUAUGAUACUGAGGCUUAGAAAAGUUAUAUGAUUUGCCUGAGAAUAGACAGCUAUUGUGUAACAGAGUCCUUUUUUAAAUUAAAUAGCGAAUGAAGUUAGUCUGACUGAAAUACAAAUACAUAGUCCCUUCCAGAAUACUCCCGCAUCUUUGGACACUGACAGUGGCAUAGCUGUUCUCAGCACUAAUUCUGGAGGCUGAGUUGACAUCCCAGCUCAGCUCUAGCUGCCCUCGUGCACUCCCCAUUCCUGUGUCAGGUGCCAAACCCAAGAAAUUUUACAAGAAAAAGAACAAGUAAUGAUUCCCCUGCCCAUCCAACCAAAGGUUAGUUUACCAAAAUACAAGGGAAGAUCUAAAAGGGUUAAUAAAGCUGCUCUAGCGAGCAGCCCCAGAAAGAAAAAGAGAACAAAACAUAACAAAAUCUUUUUUAGGGAAAAGUUAGGAUAAAAUCAUUCAUAUAAGUUAUAAAUGUCUGAUGACAGGGCAGGGAUAGUUCCCUUCCUGGUGCCCUUGAAUUCUCAAAGAAAAUAAAUCCUUGCCUAAAAUAUAGGUCCUCUCACUGAUAGAAUUUAAUCUGUGCAUUAGUCUAAUAUGCACCAUUCUAAUAAUUGUUAAUAACCAUUACCUUAAACGAUUGUAAUGAAAGUCUAAUAAUGGAAUUUUAGGCAUCAGAGCACAGAAGAUGGAAUCUGGGGUCAGGAAAAGAAUGCUCACAACUUGGAAAUCAUAUCACACAGGUGCUCACUAAUUUACCUGCCUCUGAAAGGGGAAUUUUUAUUUUAGGUUCUCUACCAGGUGAAUUUUAGUUCCCUAGAUGAGCUUGCAAGAUGGUAAUUCAUGGGGUUAGUGUCUCUUUAUCACAAAGGGAAAGGUACUCUUCCCCAAAUUGUUUUCAGAAGUGGCAGCUGCGUCAGGAGGGCCAGCCUGAAGGUCUGACUCCGUUGGAAGCUCCAAUCCCUGCUGGAAGCUGGGGGGUAGUGUCGGAAGACCCAAACUCAAGUGUCAGCUCUGUCACUUUCUCUGUAGUUUUAGAGGAGUUACUUAGACUCUCUGAACCUUAGGCAACUUAUCUGUAACAAGAAGAUGUGCUAUUUGUCCUACUUAACUCACGAGUGAGUUGUAAGGGUUUAUCAGUCUGUUUCGCCAGCUUCCAGUGAGUCCCUUCUAGGUGUGUGAACUGCACUGAGCCCAGGGGAUGCCAAGGUGGGUAAGACAUGGUUUCUGUACUUGAAGAGCUCACAGACCAGCACAAGGAGGACUUAGUAAAUGUGAAAAGGCUUGGUAAGUUUUAAAGUGAGUAUCAGUCACCAUCAACAGGAACAAGAACAACAGUUUAGUAUUUGAACAACCAAGUAAAUGGUUUCUGUGUUUUUUAGGGAGAACAUGUGCACCGAGCUCAUUCCUGCAACGAAUUGUGUCUGUUUCUCUUCUCACACUUUUAUGUCUCUUGAUUCAAAAUCACUAUGGUUGAUUGCCUCCCAGUCUCCCCUGGUUGUAAGCUUUCAGCUUGUUCUCUCCAGUUGGGAAGGAGGCUACAACUUACAGUGUCAGGAUCUUGCCAGUGCGGGCGAAGCUGAUAUCCGGGUGGCCAAGGUGCUGUGGUGGUACUACUUCUCCAAAUUAAUAGAGUUCCUGGACACAAUUUUCUUUGUUUUGCGGAAAAAAACCAGUCAGAUUACUUUUCUUCAUGUAUACCAUCAUGCGUCGAUGUUCAACAUCUGGUGGUGUGUUCUGAACUGGAUACCUUGUGGACAAAGUUUCUUUGGACCCACACUGAACAGUUUUAUCCACAUUCUCAUGUACUCCUACUAUGGGCUGUCUGUGUUUCCGUCUAUGCACAAGUACCUUUGGUGGAAGAAAUAUCUCACGCAGGCUCAGCUGGUGCAGUUUGUGCUCACCAUUACGCAUACCAUGAGUGCUGUCGUGAAACCGUGUGGCUUCCCCUUCGGCUGUCUCAUCUUCCAGUCUUCGUACAUGCUUACAUUAGUCAUCCUAUUCUUAAAUUUUUAUGUUCAGACAUACCGAAAAAAGCCAGUGAAGAAAGACAUGGAGGAUCCACCUGCAGGGAAAGAAGUGAAGAAUGGUUUUUCCAAAGCCUACUUGACCGCAGCGAACGGAGUGAUCGGCAAGAAGGCACAGUAACGUCGAGGGGCAGACAAAGCAUACAUAAUAGCCUAACAGAUUCGCUUGUUUUAAAGCAAAGACUGAAUUCAAAGUUAUAUAUGUUUUGACAUAAACUAAUUUCUUUUGAGUUUAUAAAUCAUUUGUACCCAAAUGUGUUAAUAUAUUGCUGUUAGGUUAAUCUGUUAACGGAAUGCUUCCAUCAGCAUUGAGGUGAGGCUGAGCUCUGUAGACCUCAGAAUCGGUGCCACUUCUCAUCCUCCCCUCUCGGUGGGACUGAACCCCUCCCCAGAAACGUCCUCGUAACGCCUUAUACACAGACAAAGCCGGGAGACAGGGAACAGUGUUCUUCACAGCAAGUCUGCAAAUAAAAAGUUAGGGUUUUGUUCAGAUUAAAAUGUUUAAAACAAAAUGUUAAUUGUCUUCUAAAUACAGGGUAUGUUCUAAUCUAUAUUAAGCAAUAAUUGUCAGUGCAUAAAGUAAUCAGCCCAUUUGUUCCUUUAAGAAUCAACCCCAGGAAAUAUUGACAUGGGAUCAUAAAUGGGAAAUCCAGCAACUUUUCUCUCUUAAGUUAGAGUCUGUCAAAUUCCCACAACUGCUCUUAAUUCUCAACUUAAUGAUAUGGUAAUGAAAUUUGUAUUGUUUUUUAUUUUGAAGAUUCGUUUUUUUAGGAAGAAAAAAAAUAUUCUGUCAAACCCUCAUAGCUCAGGGGCUUUGGGUAGGAGUUCUCCGUUUUAAUUUGGUGUCCUUAAUUAUUCACAUAUUCAUGCCUACCUCUCCUGUUAAGUUCCCCUGGGUUAGGAUAUAGACAGACACAACGCUCAGUAUUACAAGCAGGAUCUAAAUCUGGAUGCCCAUUUCCUUUCUGAACAGGAACUCAAGCCCAGUCUUCCCUUUUCCUUAGAAUGAUAUAUCCCUGGAAUAUUUAUAAAUCAGAAUUAACAGAGCAACGGGGGCGCAAAAUAGACAUUGAAUUUGUCAACUAUUUCUCGUGAGCCUAUUUGUGAAUAUUCUCCCCAAAUACCGGCUAUCACUUUGCAGGUCAAGUUUUUGAAAGUAGGAAGAAAAAGAUGGAGGACUAUGGAAAGAUCCCAGCAGUGAGCCAUGGCUGGUAACGAGCCACGGUGAAAAGUCGUUUGGCAAACCCAGCACGUCCUUCCCCCGCUGGGGUACUGCGAUCUCUGCUGAGACCCCAGCACAAGAGCAAAGGAAGGUGUUAAUGAAUAUUGUCUUUCUCCCUCAGUGGAGGACUGUUAUUUACUAUUAAACUGUACCAAGAAUGGAAACUAUUUUCUGAAGAUUUGAUACCCUAUAAAAUUGUUAUUUCUACCUGAUAAAACAAGACUUGCCAAUUUUGACACUUUAUUCUUUCCUACCUUUUUAAAAUAAGUUUUUAGGUCUUAACAUUGACAUCAAAUGCUUAAGUGCCGGAAAGGCGCUUUCACAUUGCCCCAACACAUUACGGUCCAUUUGGGGCACCGUUCUGUCCUUUUUUUUUUUUGCCAUUUUUUUUCCCUGAGCUCUUUUUUCCCUGAGCUUUUAAAUUAUUUUUCCUGUUUUUUUUUUUUUUAAAAAAACGCUGACUUUUGUACUGACAUUGUACUGACUCUGCUAACUUCUCUUUCCUGUCAACUCCCCUCUCAGGAUUCUGGCCCCUUUCCAAAAGGUGAGCGAUCCUAGUCUAGCCCUCCUGGUGACUGUGCUGUGUCCUCUGACGUCCCCUUCCCUGCCAGCUGCUCCAUCUCCAUUGCACAGACAUCUUCUGUCUGAUGCCCACUUGCUCUUGGAUUGAUUCCUCUAGUUUUCUAAAACUGAUUUGCUCUAGGGUGCUUAACCCCCACUUCCAUCCCAUUACAACUGUGUGUUGUGAGGACUGUCUCCCAGAAACUCACUGUAAAAUAAGGGCUAGCUUGGAGUCUCACUGUUGUUGCUCCUCUAUGACAGAACACAAGCUGGGCUAAGGAGAAGCCCCUUUGGAGCAACUGGACUCCAGUUCAGUUUUAGGUCUCAAACAUGGGCUAAAAUCUGUUAUCCUAGUUGGUUCCAGGUAAAAAUGAGACUCGGACAUCCCUGGUCCUUCACUGUAUUCAGCUUAUUCUUAAUUGUCAGUGGGGCACUCCAGUCUCGCCACUCGGCAGCACUGCUGCGGUUCUGGAUGCCCUCCUGGGCUUCAUGUCUGCGAGCAGCCAGGGAUGCCAUCAUUCAGAGUGACAGGGUCACGCAGCUCUAAGUCAAGGCAGCUUGAAACUUCUCAGAUCAAAGGGGAAAACUCGGGUAGUUUACACUGUCAAGCUCAGUUUAGUUAGAGGUUCCAGGAUGCUUAUUUCCAAUUUGGUCUUUAAUUCUAGAGGAGCUUAAUAAAACACUUAUAGCCUUAAACCAUUCAAGGGCUGGUAAAAAUACACAGAACUAUCUUAGCCACAAUAUUUGAAUCAAGUGAAUAUUUUAAGCUGUCAUUAAGUGUUGCAACUUUAAAAAAACAAAAUGUUUACUUUGUGAUUUUCCUAAAACAAACUCUAGAAAAAAAAAUGUGUAUAAUCUGUUAUGGCAAAUGUUUUUUCCCAAAUAAAUGUCCUCUUACUCAUAGGAAUGAAAACACUUAAAUGAAUAUUGUAAGCAUAUCUGUUAAUAAUUCCCACAAUUUUUUAAACUAACAAAAUAAUAGAAUAUUUACUUAAUAGAAUUAAACAAAUUUUCAACCCAUCAAAAUUAUAUAUUAAACUAUUUAGGCAUAUCGGGGGAUAAAGACCUCCCCACCCCCAUCAGAAAGGGAUUUCUUAUUUUUAAGGCAAAAUGGUAUUUACUGUGAUGGGCAGAACAGCACUUUGUGUGUAAGAGAACAUUCUAGUUCUUUCCAAUAUCAUUUUAUGCUGUUCCUGGGGGCUUAUUUGGAAAAUAAGGAUAUCACUUUUUUGGUUUUCCUUUGAAAGAACUUACAUCUUAAGAACAUGGUAUCAUGACUGGGGUGGCGAGGGAGGCAGGGAAAGCCAUUUUUCUUUGUAGAUAAAAAGCAUUCUGUGUGAUUGUUGUAUAAUAAAUUGAUUUUUACACUAAAGUAAA